AUGGAUUUCGACGAACCUUUUCCUUCAGCUCCAGUGCGCUACGCAUUUGACAAUGAUGAUAGCGAUGUUGAGAACGAGGUGGAGCCCAAUUCGCAUCCGAUCAACGUCAAUUUGACCUGCACUUUAUCCCAACCAAUCACUCUUCUUGUCGGUAUGCAGGGUCCAGGUAGUGCAUAUAUCGAAGCAAUGAAUUGUAGUACGCAACAUAUCGGUGAUAUCAAUGGUUGUCCUAUUCUGCAAAUCUUGGAAGAUGUUCUCUGUAUCCCUUUGAAGAAAAAGGUGGAGCGUGAGCAAGUUCAAGCCAUGGCAAAAUCGAUUGUUGGUUUGUCCAAGUUGAAGAGCAUUAUCAUUCUGGAUAGCUUGGCAGGAGCAGAUUAUAUCUCUAAUACUCGUGAUAUCAAUCCUCCAUUUUUGCGUGUUUUGCAAUCAUCCAAUACGCAAAUCUUGAUUGGAGACCAACUUGAACCUCCCAAUAUGAUCCAAGACUUGACUGCUGCUCUCAUCUCCUAUUGUGAAAUCCAUGAUAUUCCCGGUUAUGUAUUGCUCAGUCUGCAAGAAUCGUAUCUUGGAAAACACAUUGUUACAAUCGAAACAGUUGAUGCAUACGCAGAUGGUCUGAAAAAAAUUGAUAUUGCUCGGCUGGGAUAUGACAAGAGCAAGGUUUACAUAGAUGAGCAGCCGCAACACCGGUUGUAUUUGUAG